GAUUAAUGGUGAUUCCAUAGCAAAUGAAUAUUUGCAUGCUGCAGUUAUGUGCUUCCAUUGUGAAAACAUAAUUGUUUUAUGGUGAUAAUAUGUCAAAAUCAAACAUAAGGAAGAUAACGGUUGACCCUACGAAAUGUAAUACAGACUCUCGUCGACCAAGUGUGUUUGAGAGGUUGGGGACCAAACCAGCAGUUACUGCCGGCCAAAAUUCGUCGGAUUAUUGUAGAAACUGGGCACUAAACGGCAGCUGUUCGUACGGAAAGAAUUGCAAAUAUGCAAAUACUCACACAUUAAUAAGUCCGUCCAAGCGUGCCAAAAAGGAUAAUGCUAUUGCAAGUACAGCGGGACUCAUUGAGGAUCCAUUUAAAAGGCUUACUUCUAAGAUCGUAAAAAAGGCAUCGCAUAGUCCUGAUUUAAAUUUGGAAGAGUGGAAUCAAACAGAUUUGGAAUACGAGGACGAAAAAGUAUUAGAAAGACGCAGACAACUGUUACAGCGUGAACUAGAAUUACAAAUGAAGAAAGAUAAAGAAGUUCAUGGAAAAGACAAAGUGAGACAGAAGAAAAAGGCUAUGACUUCUUCAUCUAGUUCUCAUACUUCAAGUACAUCUAGUAGUAGUAGUAGUUCUAGCAGUGAAGAUUCAUCUUCUAGUUCCACAUCUGAUUCACGUAAAAAGGUUAAAAAAAUUAAAUCUAAGCGACAUCAUAGUGGUUCUACAGAUUAUGAUGAAGAUAAAGAAAGAAAAAGAAAAUUAAAGUUGAAAAGACUUGGAACAAAAAAUGAGAAACCAUCAAUUAAGAAAAAACGUAAAUUUGAAAGUAGUUCUGUAAAAAAGGAUAUUAGUGUUAGAUCAGCAAAGAAAUACAGCUCAUCUUCAACAUCAAGAAAACAUUCUUCCACACCUCGUGCAAGAUCACCAGCAAUACAAGUAUCUACAGCAGUAACAUCUACAACAACAACAGUAUUGGGUUCUUCAAUAUCUGUGCCUCACCAUGGAACAUCUAAUAAAGUUAGAGAAAGAAAUAGAAGUGAAUCUCCCAAAGUAACAAAAAGUAGAGAUAUAGAUAAAGAAGAUAGGCAUUAUAAAAAAGUACGAGAUGUAGAUGAAUUAUCUAAAGAUAGUGCUAAAAGUAAAUCUUUUGAUAAAGUUAAAGAACAAGAUAAAGAAAAGAAUCGUACGAUAGACGAAAAAAUAAAAACUGAUGAAAGAUUAAAGGCGAAAUGUAAAGAUAAAGAUAUACGUUCUAGGACACCUCCAACAUCUGAAAGAUCGAAACAUCAACAUUCAAAAGAAGCAAUAUCAACAAAAACUCGGCGCAGUCGUACGCCUGAAAAAUCAAGAUCCAAACGAGAGCUUACACCAUCAAAGGCUCAGGAUAGACAGAUUGGUACAACAAACAGAUCUCGAGAUACAGAGAAGAGAGAUCGUGAAUCACAUAAAAGUGAUAAAACUAAAGAUAGGGAAGAUAUAAGAAAAAAUGAGCAGAAUAGUAAAACUAGGCCAGUAUCGAGUCAAGAAGAGAGUCAUAGAAGGAUUGGUAAAGAAUUUGAUGAUAAAGCUUAUUUGACUGAUAAAACACGACAAAAGAGCAGAGAACGGCGUGAUAAAGACCAUACAAGAGAUGAGCGUGGGCAUUCGAGACUUGGUCGAGAUCAACGAGACACUCGUGAUAAAGAUAAAGAAGAUCUACCAGAACGUUGUCGCGAACGACCACGGGAGAGAGAUCGUGAUCGUGAUAGAGACCGAGAACGUGAUCGCGAUCGUGAGAGAGACAGAGAUCGAGAUCGUGAACGCGAUCGGGAUCGGGAUCGUGAUCGGGAUAGAGAUCGGGAUCGUGAUCGUGAUCGAGAUCGUGACCGUGAUAGAGAAAAGGAACCGAUAAAAGCAAGAGAUAGAGAUGUUCCACCUUUAGUUUCAACGUCGAUGAGUUUAACAACGGAUAAAAAUUCUCGAUAUAGUCGGGACAAAGAACGAAUAGUGGUAAAAGAUAAUGCCUUUGAAAAGAAUGGUACCCGAGAACGUAGGAAUGAUAGAGAAAGGGAACGGUCUGAAACGAAAGCGCUUUCUGAUAGAGACAGAACAUCUCAACGUAUUGAUAAUAGAUACGAUAGAAAUACUGUAGAUAAGGAUGCACCUAUUCGUAAACCUGGUGUAAAUUCACCAAGAGACCGUGUUGAUCGUUUUCCACGAGAAAGAUCUUUGGAUAGAGCAUCAUUGCUUGAUAAAGGUGUCCAUAAUGUCCCACCGUUAUCGCAAACACCUGCUUUACCAGCAGUUCAGUCUUCUAUAGCAUCUUCUGCAGCUUCAUCUGCACCACCUACAUUGUCAACAUCACGAGACAAUUUAAUUGAUAGAAUAGAUGUCGGACAUUAUGAUCGUGAAAGACAUAGGCGAUUUGGUACAAGAUAUGACCGAAGUCAUACAUCUGAACACGAACAGUCACGUGUUACACCAACAAAAGUUGAUCGUUUAAUCGAAAGACGGGAGACUAGUCCACGACGCACGAUUGAAAUUGAUAGAAAUUAUAAUAGAAAUUAUGGACGUUUGUCAGAACAUUGGGAUGAGCAGGAGGAAGCACCUGCACAUAUAGACUAUCGUGAUCAUCAUGUUCACGAUGAUGAUAGAAGAAAACCUGUGGAUGGAAGGAGAUAUGAUAGUCCGUUUGAUGAAAGACGUGGAAUUCGCGAAGAAAGAUCUCGAGAAUCUAGAUAUGUUGUUCAGACUACGGAUAGAACGUCCUUUGAUGAUCAUCGACAUCAUCACCAUCAUCAUAGACAUCCACUUUAUUCUGGAGAAAAAUUAAGAAGUAAUACUGCAAUUCGAGAUGAAAAUGUUCCUAAUGAUGAUUGGGAUUGUCACCAUCGUGAUGUAGAACAUGGUAGAGAACGAACUUAUGGUCCUGUUGAUUGGGAAGAAAGAGAAUGGCGUGUAAGAGCACCAUGGGAUAGCAGAGACAGUCUUCCCCGAUCAGAAGUGCAUGACGAUGACUGGAAUUCCCGAUAUGAUAAUUCUGUGUCUGAUUGGAAAUCAAGUGACUCUCGAAAAUGGGAUAAUCAAUCAGUGCAUAUUCGCAGCCACUAUAGAAAUGAUCGAUCUAAGGAAUUAGAAUUAGCAGAAUCUACAUCGCAUAAUAAAAGAAGAACUUACAACAGUUCAGAAACUAGAGAUGAAUGUGUAGUUCAUAACUCCAAGCAAACAUCUUUAUAUGGUAGCAUGAAAGAGGAACCUAUCAAUAAAAAGCUAAUGGAACUUGCUGAAGGUAAAUUGUCUACAACUCGAGAAAAACCUACAGACACUUUUCAGAAGAAGCCUGCACCAAAAGAAAAGUCUGAAACAAAGGAAACUGUUACAUCUGAAACAAAACGUUCUGGUAUUGACGAAUCUUUGCAAACGCUUCAUACUGAAAGCGAUCUUAGUGAUAUUAGUGAUGAUCCAGAUGACAUAUUAAACAUGGAAGAUAUUACGGAUAUGGACGCAAAUAAACCGCGAGCAACUAAGAAAACUCCUGAUACUGCACAACGAGAUGGUCAGCCAACAAUCCAAGAGACAGAUCCCUCGUCUCCAAAGGAAACGAUAGAAGAAACAGUUUUUCAUGCAAAAGGAAAAGAUAAUACUGACACAAUAUCAUUUAGAAAUAUGGAAGAUGAAAACAUGGAAACAAUGGACUUUGAAGAAAUUUCCGAUGGUGAAUUGGAAGAAGAUAUAAAAACAAGUGGUAAAGGUUUAGGUGAUGCUUUGGGAGUUGAUUGGGAAAGUCUUGUUAAGGAAACACAACCUCGGAAAUCUACAUCAUGCAAUCAGAAUUCAGAAAAUCGUUGGCAAUGUAAAGCAAUUCUACAUAGAAUUGGUGUUUCUGCGAAAUACGCAGGCGAGGAUCUGAUAAAAAAAAUGACAAAAAAAUAUGGGAAAGACGAUCACUCGGAAUUUUUCCUUCACAAUGUUGGAUUUAUGCAUACAGCACUUGCACGAAAUCGCUUGUUGCGUGACUUAAACAAUGACAUGCUACCUACGGUGGAUGAUUUUCUGUAUAGAAAUAAUAAUGUAAAUAUUGAUGAGGAUGUGGAUUACGAUUUAGAAGUGUUAAGACCUUGUACAGCUUUAUAUGAAGAAGCAAAAUGUUUGUUACAACAAGCUGUAUGA